CGAUGUGCCAGGUCGAUCCACGAUGCUGUUCCGGUUUUUGCUGCUGCUCUUCCUCCUCCGGUUGUCCAGCGGGUUCACCGGAAGAGGCCUCCACUACCUGGGCCGGUCGGAUUUAUUCGAGCUGUCGGUGAUACACCUGAACGACUUCCACGCGAGGUUCGAAGAGACGGGUCCUAGAUCAGGACUGUGUCACGAGCAGAAGAAGAAGGACUGCGUGGGUGGAAUCGCGAGAGUUUCCACAGCCGUGAAUCGACUGAUCGAGGAGAGACCGAACCCGAUUUUCCUCAACGCCGGGGACCAUUACCAAGGAACACUAUGGUACAAUCUUCAUCGCUGGAACGUGACCGCCACGUUCAUGAACAUGCUGCCGCACGAUGCCAUGACAAUAGGAAAUCACGAGUUCGAUAACAAGGUCGAAGGUGUGGUACCGUUUUUGAAGAUGGUCAAGGCGCCGGUGGUAGUGACGAACAUCGACUCCAGCGAGGAGCCCACGAUGCAGGGUCUCUACAAGAACAGCACGGUACUGGAGAGGAAUGGCACGAAGAUCGGAGUGAUAGGCGUUAUUCUAUCAACCACGAAUAGAAUUUCCAUUACCGGGAAAUUAAAGUUCCUGGACGAGGUGGAAUCGGUGAAUGACGAGGCACGGAGAUUGAAGUCCCAGGGGAUCGACGUUAUUAUCGUUUUAAGCCAUUGCGGACUGCACGUGGACAGAAUAAUGGCAGCCAAGUGUCCCUUAGUCGACGUGAUUGUCGGUGGACACUCUCACACGUUCCUUUACUCGGGGCCACCUCCUUUCAUCGACCAACCAGAAGAUGAAUACCCUGUGGUGGUGGUCCAAGAGAAGACGAACAGAACGGUGCUGAUCGUUCAAGCGGCGGCUUUCACAAAGUAUCUGGGCAACUUGACGGUGUGGUUCGACCAGCAGGGCGAGGUGGUUGAUUGGGACGGAAAUCCGAUUCUCCUCGAUUACUCCGUCGAGGAAGAUCCCGAGAUGCUGAAGGCGUUGGAGCCAUGGAAGGCGAGCGUGGACGAGUUCGCUGGGACCAAGAUCGCUCGAUCGAGGGUUUAUCUGGACGAUCGAUGUCACCAAAAGGAGUGCAACUUGGGCAAUUUGAUCACAGACGCGAUGGUCGACGCUUACGUAGAGAAAGCGGAGGACAAAACCGCAUGGACGUAUGCUGCAGUUGGCGUCCUGAAUCCCGGAGGAGUACGGGCUUCCAUCGACUCCAUGACUGAAGACAUCACUCUAGCCGAUUUGAUGAUGGCUCAACCUUUCGAGAACACGUGGGACGUACUCGAAUUAAAUGGCAGCUGCAUCCUACAGAUCUUGCAAAUGGAGGAUGUAUUGCUGUGGUCGGGAUUGAAGGUGAUUUACAAACUCGAUGGGGCUUCCAGGAAGGUAGUCGACGUUAAAAUAAGGUGUCGAGUCUGCGAGGUGCCAAGGUUCGAGGAAUUGAAGUUAGACGAAUGGUACAGAAUCGUUGUGCCUACCUUCCUCGUCCACGCCGGGGACGGAUUCACAGUCUUCGAAACCUGCGGCAGAAAUCAUCAGCUGGGAGUAAUAGACUGGAAGCAAUUAAUCAAGUACAUGAAGAAGAUCAGCCCUAUAUUAGUCGGCGAGGAUCGUCGAGUGAUCUUCCUUAGCGAUUCCCAACGAUGAUCUUCCCUCUGAAGCAACGCAGGAGGAACUAGUCCCGAGAGACUUUAUGCAAAAUCUUGUCAACAGUAUAUUCUACUAUCCCAGUGCUCCUCUCGCGAACACCAAAGCUUGUACUCAGAAAUUUUAAUAAACGCGUGUUUUCCUAA